AUGAGGGAGGCAACAAAGAUAUUGAACGACUACGCGGUCAUUUUCGCGGCAAAGUGCGACGCAAGAGGAUUGAAAUUUGUUCUUCAAGAAGGGGCAAGUGCCAUGAACACGAAAUACUCGAAUACUCCUCACAUUGACAUUCCUCUUGCGGUCAAAGUUGCUCAUUCCUGUUCUGAAAACCUUUCGCAGCUCCUGGAAAUCAUUUACGAAUUCGGAAAUACAAAGGCGCUGCUCCUCAAAGAUUCUCAUGGCUGCAACGUCUAUCACUACUCUUUCGGCCUCUGCGCAUUGCAAAACAAGAAGGAAGGGAUCAGAAACAUGAAGAUACGAAUACAACUCUUAUUUUAUAUCGCUUUUCAACUUAUGGCUGUGGUUGUGGCCAUGUUUUUGGCUUGUUUUUUGCUUGGAACGAUGUUUUUUGUUUGGAAGAAAUUAUCGGCGAAGAAGGAACCAAGGGUCUUCAACGCGGAUGAUGUUAUAAUUAUCGAUGAAGAGGUCAUCAAUGAUGGAUUGAUAUUUCAUGCAGGUUCAAUUUUCGGCGAAAAAGUCCUCGUUAGAUCCAAUAUCAAGCUUUUUAAAAAGUCAAAAAUCAACGAAGAAAUACAAUUCUACCACUCAAUUUCAAGCGAGCAUAUCCUUGAAUUCAUCGGUAUCGUCCAAUAUUUCAACACUUCAUCACUUUGCUUUUACUACGAAAACCUUCAACCUCUUUUCUCGCAAAAAUCAAUCCCGACCAGGGUUCGAAAUCCGCCUAAAACCCCUGUUCACUCUGGAACAGAGUUCGAAAUCUCAAAAGAAUUGGCGACUGCCACUGCCAAGUGA